AUGGAUCGGUUUGUUAUCAAGAAACCAAAAAAAGCCAACACCUCAGUCUCGGUGGUUAACACUGUGCCUGAGUAUGUUGCUGCUAAAAGUGCAGAAGAAGAUAUUUCUGUUGGUUCCGAUCAGUGCAGUUUACACUCAGAAAAUGUACCAAUUGAUGAUGUAGUGUGUAGCAGUGUAUUACAAGCGUCAAGUCUUGAUGAAGCUGAGGAUGUUAUUUUUUUAGUUCAGAACAGAGCUCAUAUUCAAAGCCAUCAAACAUACAAACUGAUGAACCAGAACCAAUGUGUAGUUCCAGUGAGUGCCAAGCGGCAGGUCAUGACCAAACAGAAGACCUUACAUAUUUUAGUUCAGGUCUUUCAAGUCAGAGUACUUCAUGUUCAAAAAAGCAAUCAAACAUAG